AUGGAGAACACGAGAGGCAAGGAGGGAGCCGGCCCAGGGAGGUCAGUGGAAGAACAAGGAGGGGACCGGCAGCCCAGCACCUCGAGAAGUUCCUCCUCCACAAAGGGGCAGAAAAGGAAAAGAUGUGUGGAAAACGGCAAAGAGAAGAAGGAGCAAGGUCAUGAAGCGCAGACUCCCCGGAAGAAGAUAGCAAUUCCUCCCCUCCCGGUGGAGCUGCCCCCCGUUAACCUGGUACACCGUGACGUCCUGCGAGCCUGGUGUCAGCAACUCAAGCUCAGCACUAAAGGCCAGAAACUGGAAGCGUACAGGCGGCUCUGUGAAUAUGCCUACCCUCAGCAAAAGAAUAUUCCUAGCACACCCAAGGAGGCCAGGUACCAGGCGUCAGGGAGACAGAGGAAGAGGUCCCUGGAAAGUCCAGAGGGAAGGAUGUCUUCAACAGGACCCAACCUUUCUGAGGUGGCCCUGGACCCUGAGAGGCAGCUGGCUGCCCUGGAAGAGCCGCCUGCUCUCUAUGAAGAGGUCAGCACGAGUGUGAUGACUGUGGCCACUCCUGAGUCCGUGCUGGCCUCCUGGGGCCGAAUUGCAGCUGGUGCCGGGAGGACAGGGACAGAAGAGCCACCAGCAGAGGCCUGCGGUGACAAGUGGUGCGUGGUUCAUGGGCGCAGUCUCCCUGCAGUCACCCGGGGCUGGGUGCGGCUGCAAUUCCAUGCAGGACAGGCCUGGGUGCCUGAGAAGAAGGGGCGCGUGAGUGCCCUGUUUCUGCUGCCCGCCGGCGCCUUCCCACCACCCCACCUGGAGGACAACCUACUGUGCCCCAUCUGCGUCAGAAGGAACAAGAUCUUAGCAAAAAGCCUGCGUUGGGAAUAG